CAGCUAACUGACUAGUAAAAUAAAAAGGGAAGCGAAUUGCAAGCGCAAGCAAUCGGGAAACCCUCCUCCCCGAUUCGACGGGGCCCACCUCCAUCUCCGGCGGCGGCGAUGGCCCGGAAGAGGAAGACGGACGCCGCGCCGCGGCUGGACGAGGCCGACCGCACGCUCUACUCCACCUUCUGCGGCGCCGCCAACUCCCUCUCCCAACUCUACACCCAGGCCAUGGCCCAGCAGAAGCUCUCCUUCCAGGCCGGCGAGCGCCACGCCCUCGAAAAGCUCUACCAGUGGAUUUUGAGGAAGCAUGAGGAAGAGGAGCGGCUCACUGUAGCUGAUAUAAUGUCUCAUAUCCAGCAUGAGAUGGACUAUGGAGGUACUGAUGCACAUGUCUCCCCAAGAGUACAUCUGCAUCCUCAGAUUACAAAUCCGUUUACAAACUCAGUUGUUCCACCCGCAACUGGUUUAUAUGGCCAAACAACAGCUGGGUCUGCUCCUAGAUCCAGUCUCAGUGACCAGUCAAAGAACACAAUAUUCUCAAAUGCCCUAUCAAGCCCGGUGCGCCAGAGUCUCCAGAACUAUCACUUGACUCAAGGUUCUGGCAAUGGAGGCAGGCACACAGAAGCAAACUCAGCAGGGGCAAAUCGGGAGACCAAUGCCACAAGCUCCAACGACACCUCUAUGGACAUGGUUUCAGACAGCACCGGGAACGACUUCUACCAGUGAUUUGUGGUGAGAUGUUGCGUCCGCAAUCAGGCAGCAUCAUAUACCAGUGUUGACUACAUUUUUUUUCCUUCUCUCUCUCUCUCUCUCUCUCUCUCUCUCUCUCUCGUAUGCUCUGUAUUUUCCCUAAAGCUCGCCUUCUAUGCAGUGUUGUAGUCGCCCAUCAGGUGAUUCUCUUUUCUUUAAGCUAUUGGUGUUGAAGUUUGGAGAGAAAUUUAUGUAUCUGGGUGGGCUCCAUCAGGCAUGCUUUAUUCCCCAGUGUGUUCGUGAGUUCAAGAUUCUGAAUGUAAAUGAAAAUUGCAUUGUGAUAUAUACUGAUAGAGGAAGUCAAAUAAAACUUCCUGAAACUUGGAUUAAA